AUGGCUACUAACGGCUCUAUCAAUUUUGGCAAAAACUAUGCCGUUCUAAACCUAGACUGGAUUACGGUGCUUAUCGACGCCGUCGAGGACACCCCUGAAGGCCAAGCAUUGAUCGCAAACUACACCAAGUGGAACGAUGCCGUUCAUGCGAGUUCAUCACGUCCUCUAACCGUUUUCUCUACACUUUCCUUUUAUCCCGGCCAGCCUGAAGUCCAAUCCGGUAGUCCAUUUGCCAACCUCAUCGCCCCCUUCGGAGAGUUCAGACACGGUUCCCCCGAAACCCAAAUCCACAAGGCGUUCAACGUGGACAGUCAAGAUAAUGUUCUCCCAAAGACAAGGUGGUCCGCAACCACGGGAAGUGUGCUGGAGCAGAUCUUGCAGGCACAUGGCGUCAAGACGGUUGUCAUUUCUGGGGUGACCCUUUCCGGCGUGGUGAUGGCUACGAUUUAUCGGCUAUUUGAUUUGGACUAUAACGUCUAUGUUAUCAGGGAAAAUGUCUUAGAGUUACCAAUUGAGCAGCAUUCGGCAUUCGCGAGUGUAAUGCUCGAUAUGUUGCUGCCGAAGAUGGGCAUCAAAGUCAUCUCCGUGGAUGAGGCAAUCAAUGCUGUAAAUUCUUCUUAG